AUGAUUAAAAAACAAGAUAUUAUGGAAUAAAAAUAAACUAAUCUUAAGGCUCGCCUUGAUCUUAAGGAGAUCAAGAAUGUUGAGGAAAGUGAAGAUAGAUAUAUUUUAAAUAACUACAAGCUUAAAAAAAAAAAAAUUACCAAACCUGGUUAAAAACUAAAUGAGUUUGAGAACAUUAAUGAUUAGUAGAACUUAUCAAUACAUAGUAAUUCAAAGAUUGGCUAGGAUAAUAAAACAUAAAGAUAAGUAUCUCACUUAAUAGAUAAUAGCUUUGAUAGUAGGUAAUAAAGCUGCACUAAUAACAGCUUUUAUAAUUCACAGAAGUUUCAUCAUUUGCACCCAAAAAAAUCUCCUUAAAAAAAUUAUUUAAAAGCAGAUUCAUAAUAUAAUCGAUACAUCAAUUAGCAAUCUAAGUUAGAUAUUCCAAAGUCAGAAGUUUAAUAUACAAAUGAAUUAAAUAAGAAAAAAUAUGAAAUUAAUCAAGAAACAGAUAAAGAAAACAACUAAUUCUACAAAUACCAAAUUAAAGGAUUUUCAAGAUAGAAAAAUAAUCUCUUUGUGAAAGAGAAGAAUAAAGGAUUUUAUGAAUAAAAAAAGUUUUCAAGCCAAAACAAUAACUUAUAAUCUUAGCAUUUUUUUAAAAAGAAUCAUUUAGGAAGUUUUUACAAGAAAAGAUCCUUUUGUAGUUAAAAUGGAAAUGAUGAAUAGUCAUUUGAAAGUCUAUCAAUUAGUGAUCCCAAAAGCAAUAAUUACGAUGAGGAUAUUAAAAUUAAACAAAAAAAAGGUGCUUUUAUUGGCAGUGGAUAAUCUAAAUAAAUAUUCUUAGUAAAUGAAGAAAAAUAAGCAAAUAAAUAUGAGAAAUUAAAUAACAAAUUGGAAAAGAUCGAAAUAAAGCCAUAAAAUAAAAUAUUAAAUGAAGAUGGUUAACUAAAUGUAGGAAAAUAAUUGUAGGAAUAAUUUGAUUAAAUAAGAAGUAGUUUAAAAUAAAAUGAGGUGAUUUCAUAAACUAUAGCAGAGAAAUAAACCUCUGUUUCAAAUUUACUAAAUAGUUUUAGAAGUUUAAAAGAAAUUUUAAAUUAUUUUUAUUCUUACCAAAAUGUUAAUAAGAUUUCAAGAGAAGUUUUUGAGAAAGUUUACUUACUUAAUUUAAAAUAGAAGGAAACUAAUGUUAUUCCGAUAGAAAUAAAAACAAAUUCUUGCAAUAUUGUUGUUAUUAAUCAAGGAGAGGCUGUAAAAAUAGAUCUUCCUAAAGUCCUCUCUUUUCAAAAUUGUAUGCUUGAUCCUAGAAAGAAAAAUAUUAAAUCAAAUUAUAAAUGA